UGGCCUGCAGCGACGAUCGCGCGGACAUCCCAGUGAUCGACCUAGGAUGCACGAACGUGGGCCCCGCCGGUCACCACGAGGCGGUGCGGAAUAUUGGGCAAGCACUGGAAAAAUGAGGUUUCUUCUUGGUGAUCAACAAUGGGUUCCCCGAGAGCCUCUAGGAGGAGGUGAUGGAGGGGUCGUGCGGGUUGUUCGAGCAGGAGACCGAGGCCAAGAAUGGAUUCUACACCGGAGAUAUUACGAAGAGGGUCAUAUACAACAGCAACAUGGCCCUUUAUAAUUCGGCAGCAGCGGAUUGGAGGGACAGUAUAUUUUGCUCCAUGGGACCAGAGCCCUCCCCAGCCCGAAGAGUUGCCCGAAGCUUGCAAAGAAAUGCUGAUGGAGUACUAAAAGCAUGUGAUGAGACUAGGCUCUCAUCUGUUUGAGCUCUUAUCAGAAGCACUCGGACUCCACCCAAAUCACUUGAAGGACAUCGAGUGUGGAAAGGGACACUCGAUCAUUUGCCACUAGUGUCCACCAUGCCGCCAACCCGAGUUCACCCUGGGUGUCACAAAGCAUUCAGACAAUGACUUCCUCACAAUUCUCCUUCAAGAUCAAAUCGGAGGACUUCAAGUGCUUCAUGAGAACCAGUGGA